AUGGAUAAUUCAACGAGCAAGAAUGAGAAUCGUGAAAAACCUGUAAUGCUAUUUGGCGUGAACAUCGCGGCAGUCGAUGACACUGCAAGCAAUAGUUUCAACACGGGGGAUGAGAAUCAUAAUGAGAUGGAGCUUUGUUCUUUUGAUAAACAGGAGAAUGAAAGUGAUCAAGAUAGGAAUGAAUAUCCUGAUUCUGGUCAAAGUUCGAACAGUGAAAACGGAAAAAAAGUGAAACAGUGGACAAAGAAUGAACACGAGGCGUUUUUGACAGGUUUGAAAACUGUUGGAAAAGGUAAAUGGAAGGAUAUAUCAAUGAACUAUGUGAAGACCAAGACUUCUAUUCAAGUUGCCAGUCAUGCGCAGAAGUUUUUUCUGCGACAAAGAACACCUGAAACAAAGCGCCAGAGUAUCUUCGAUACGAUGCUUGAUUAUAAAGAUUGGAAAACUCCGAGUCCUUCUCCUUCGCGGAAACCAUCCCCCAGCAAGUCUAUUUAA